AUGGCGAUCGUGCUACGCUUCUGCUACUCUCAGAUCCUCAAACUGCACUUGCUACUGCUGCACAACCACCACCGGCUGCUGUUUACCUCACUGCUGAUCGGCCUCACCACGGCCAGCGCCCACUGGCAGUCGCUACGUCAUCCCGCUCUGUUGACGCGUUUCCACGAAAAUCUACGUGCUUUCCCGCUGGAAAUCUCAAUCGGUGCACUCGCCCUACUGUCCAUCAGCACCCUGCUAUCGUACGGACUGUACCGGCACCAUCUCAACGGGAACGAACGUCGAGCGCGAACAGCGAUCCGACAACGCUACGUCGACUACAUCGUCCUGUGUCUGAUGGUGAACGUGGCCAACGCAUCCCGCCAACACCUGGCCUGCCCCGACAAGGAAGGACUCGCGCUGCCCCAACUCGAAGCCUACCGGCGUGACGUCGAGGCCGCCAUCAUUCGCUUCCGAACCGGUGCCCGAAAGCUGCUACAGGAGCCCCCGCUGAUGUUCGGAUCUCCACGCGACUUCCUCGAACGCUACUUCCGGCUGGACGAUGAACGCUUCGGUGUGGAGAUCCUUACGCUGAAACGAGACACCCAAUCGCUGAUGAACGUACCGGCCAUCAAAGCACUGCUCGAUCGCUAG